UAAAAGUGUACAUUUGCAUAAUCACAAGUUUUAGUUAUUUGUUGACUGACUUUUGUAGCAUUUUCUAAUGUAUGCUUCAUUGCAGGCUAAACGCCCUUCCGCUAUUGAUUGCUUUGCUGAAAUCACAACCAACUGGCAGGGCAAGACGAUAGCCCUCUUCCUGGACUACGACGGAACAUUGUCGCCGAAAGUAAAUAAUCCUGACGAGGCAUACAUGUCCAGUGAGAUGCGCGAUGUUGUUCAAGAAGUUGCCUCCUUGUGCGCCACUUCAGUCGUCGGUGGAAGGGCCCGCGAUAAGGUGAAAAGUUUCAUUAUGCUUGAAAAUCUGCACUAUGCAGGGAGCCACGGAGCAGACAUCAAACUCAGUGACGAAGCAGAAGCCUACCAACCUACCAGCGAGUACGAACCUGUUAUAAACGGGGCGAGAGAGCGUUUGGAGGAGGUUAUCAGAGACAUAAAGGGUGCUAGUGUUGAAAAUAAACAAUUUUGCAUUUCAGUGCACUACAGGGUUUUUGAGAAGAAGAAACAGGAACUGGUUAAGAAGCUUGUCAAGAAAACCAUUAAAGGUUUUCCUGAGCUCAGAGUAACUGAUGGUGACAAGGUUUUAGAGGUUGGUCCUAAUGCUGAAUUCAACAAGGGGUAUGCAGUCAAGUAUCUACUCGAGCAGCUAGCCCGCAAAAAUAAUUGGGACAGUUCUCAGGUGGUAGCCAUCUUUAUCGGCGAUGAUAGGACAGAUGAAGAUGCAUUCAAGGUGGAAUUCUUUACAAUUUCAUCUAAACACGGAAACAUAAUCUUGCUAAAUCAUUAUUUAAUCUAUCUCUCCACUUUUUUUGCAAUUAGGUGCUUCGUGGACGAGACGGCGGAUUGGGGAUCCUUGUCAGCAAGGAGCGCAAGUGGACUAAAGCGUCGUACUCACUGGAGGACCCGGCCCAGGUGCAAGAAUUUCUUCAAAAGCUCGUGACAUGGAAGAAGGCAGAGGCUGAAGUUUGACUGUGGCUUUGCAACCUAUUUAGUAUUGUUCUCAUAUGAGGUGGUGAACAAGAUGAGACAGAAUAAUAAGGCGUUAAGGGCCCUUCUUUAGAAGUCAUUUCUCCUCGAGAUGUAAUCGAUACAUGCUAUUCUGUUGUUAGCUUGUUAUAUAAGACUUCUAAAUAAAAAGUACUUCCUCUGUCUCAAAAUUCUUGUCUUAGGUUUGUCUACAAAUGGAUGUAUCAAAAUACUAA